AUGUCUUCAGACCAGGAGAAGCCCGCUGUGUUGAUAAUAGGAGGGCUAGGCUACACCGGACGCCACCUCGCAAAGUACAUCCACGAUAACAAGCUCGCUUCCGAAAUCCGCAUCGUCGACAAACACCUCCCAGAGCUGGCAUGGCUGGCACCAGAAUUCAAGGAAGCGUGUUCGAGAGAACGCUUCAUACAGGCAGACGCUGCGCAGGAAAAGUCCCUCCCUCGGAUAUUCGACCGCGAAGGCGGCGCUCAAUUUGACUUUGUCUUCAACUGCGGCGGCGAAACACGCUUCUCACACGAAGAAAGAGUCUACGAACUGCGCUCCUACGGGCUAUCCCUCGCCGUUGGCCGCGAAGCCGCGAAACGCAAGAUAAAAUGUUUUGUCGAACUGAGCACAGGCAUGGUGUAUAAACCAGACAGCACACCCAGCAAAGAGACGGACAAGCUAAAACCGUGGUCGAAUUUGGCAAAGUGGAAACUGAAGGCUGAGGAUGAUCUGGCAAAGCUUGAUGGGCUCAAUCUAAUGGUCAUGAGGAUAGCGCAUACGUACGGUCCGUAUACGAGCAAGUUUUUGUCCACAGCGCUGUGCAUGGCGAGGGUUUAUCAGUCCAAGGGUAAAGAGAUGCGGUUCUUGUGGAAGGAGGAUCUGCGGACGAAUACGGUGCACAUCGACGAUGCGGUGCGCGCGCUAUGGCACGGUGCGGAAUGGUACAUGAAGGAGCCUUCGUCACGGAAACCAGUUCCCAUCUUCAAUGUCGUAGAUCACGGCAAUACCUCGCAAAAGAACGUAGCCCAAUUCAUGCACGACAUAUUCAAAAUCGAGACUGGCUUCCACGGCACACUCAUAUCAGCCUUUGCAAGGCUAAACCUGGACCACGUGGUUGAUGAAGUGAACGAUGAGACACUGGAUCCGUGGGCGGAGCUGCAGCAAGCGGCAGGGAUUAGCCAAUCCACGCCACUGAGUCCGUUCAUGGAGAAGGAAUUGCUUAGGGAUGCUGAUUUGAGUUUGGAUGGGAGUGCUUUCGAGAAAGUGACUGGCUUCAAGUAUCAGCACGAGAAGCUCACAAGAGAAAGCGUCGAGGAAGUCAUAGAGAGCUACAAGAGGAUGAACUGGUGGCCAUGA